AUGAGUUGCUUAGCAUGGAACUAUUGUGGGCUUGGGAACCCAUGUACAGUUCGAGAGUUUGGAGAUUUAAUCCAAGCUAAAGAUCCCUCUGUCAUGUUUUUAGCCGAGACAUGGGCAGAUAAAGUAAGGCUAAAAGAAUUAAAGAGAAAUUUGGGAUUUGAUAAUUUGCACUUUGUAGAAAGAAUAAACAGAGGGGGAGGUUUGGCUCUCUCUUGGAAAAAUAGUGUGGACUUGCAAGUUCAAACGUCUUCAAAAAACCAUAUUGACACUAUUGUAAAUAAAGAGGUAGAUGGAGCAUGGAGGUUAAUAGGUUUUUAUGGGGAACCUGUGACACACAAAAGAAUAGAGUCUUGGAAUCUCCUCCAAGAUCUUAAUUCUAGGAUGGCACUUCCUUGGCUUUGCUUAGGAGAUUUUAAUGAAAUCACCAGACAAUCAGAGAAAUUGGGAGGUAGUAUCCAAAGUCAGGCACAGAUGCAACUCUUCAGAGAUGCUAUUGAUGAGUGUGGUUUUAUGGACCUUGGAUUUACGGGUUCUCAAUUUACUUGGAAGAAGCACUUUAAUGAUGGUCAUUUGGUGUGGGAGAGACUGGAUCGGGGUUUGGCUACUAGAGAUUGGAUGCUUAAAUCUGCUAGAACUAUAGUCUACCAUUUACCUUCCUUCACUUUGGAUCACUGUCUAAUAUGGAUAGUGCCACGAGAUCUGAUUUUUCCGACCGCAACCAAACCUUUCAGGUUCGAAGAAAUGUGGCUGGCAGAGAAAGGGUGCUCGGAUACUAUUCAAGCUGUAUGGGCCAAGCAAGAUUCUACAAACCUGGGUAUUAGAGUUAUAAAGAAGAUUAGAGGUGUGGUAUUGAACUGA